UUUGCAUUGUGUUUUCCAAGUAGUAUCCAGUUCGCGUUUGUUGCCCGUGAAGGAUGCCUUCUGCCAACCCUAAACUAGAGAAACAGGCCUCUACGGAGGCCGUUGAUCCAAUUCGACAAGCGGUUAUUGUUAUCGAGCACAAGAUCAGGAAUCUAGAGAAACGCAAGGGAAAACUAGAAUCCUAUAAGGAUCUGCAAAAAGGCGGCGGUGAGCUUAAUGCAGAUCAAAAAACGGCAGUUGCAAAAUAUGACGAGGUUAUACAAACGUUGGACAUUACCCGUGAUUUACACAAAUCAGUUCAAGGAAUUGCCAAUGACGCUGUUAAGCAACAAAAGAAGCUUGCGCGUAAGGAGGCACUUGAAAGAAUACAACAGGACAUUGCCAAGGUUCGAGAAGUUUUACUCAUUCAGGAUACUUUAAUGAACAUGGGGACAAAUAGUGUACGUGAAGAUUUUCUUGCUGGCAAGAACGGAGCUAUUAAAUUGGCUGACGAAGAUUUAACAGCAUUAGACAGUUUAUUCAACGAAGUGACAAUUAAUCACAAAAGAGAUAGUAACAAUUCAGCGACAAUUGUUCAACAAUCGCAAAAAGUUGCUGAACAUUUGGUGGCAAUUGUUGAAGGCAAACAGCGAGACUUUGAAAAAGUUGGAGUCUCAUAUUUUAAACUUAAGGAAAUUAUUACAUCAAUCACACAAUGCGGCUAUUUUGAUCAAAUUCAAGAGAAUGAAACGACUGACGUGAAAGCUAAUGAAGAAAUGGAAGAACAAGCUGAUGAGGAACCAAUUCAAGAACAAACCAAUGAGGAAUUCAAUACUAAUGAUAGGCACAUUCCACCAGCCGAUUCUGCGAUGACCAUUCCUAAUUUAGUUCAAAUGACACCACAUCCAGUUGUUUCUGUUGCUGCUCCCGUUUCUGGACAAAUACCAGUUCUUGGACAACAAUUACCACCGCAAGCAAAUGCAACAAUUGAUUCAUCGUAUUAUACUAAUGCUGGAAAUUUUGUUCCCACACCUCAAGCACAACAACAACAACAACAACCACCACAAUCGCAAGCACCAAGAAUCAAUGAUGUUAUUGGUACGCCGAAUUUCUUUUUCCUUCAGGAGUCCGAAUUGGAUUCUCCGGAUGUAACACCACAACCACCAAUGACCACACCAAUUAUUCCCACUGUCAAUGCUCCCAUUCCCACUCAAACAUUUACAAAUCAAAAUUUUUCAUCAACACCCGUAGUACAACAACCUGUUUUAUAUCAACAUCAAGCUCCACCUUCGGAUAUGUCACACAUUCCAGGAUUUGCCAAUCCAAAUCCCCCACCGCCAAUUCCUAUGCCACCGUCUCAUCAACAACCAAAUAUACAAUAUAGUCCUCAACAUCCGACAGGAUAUCAACAACCACAGGGAUUAUCACAAAUCAAUCAAUCGCAAUCUCAAGUCUAUGAUCAACAUCAACAGGAUAGUCAAGAUCAAGCACCUGAAAAGAAGGAUCAGAGUGAACUAAAUCAACAAAAUGAAGCUGUUGAUUGGGGACAAAUGUCAGAAGGCGCUGGCGAUUGGUGUCAAACGGAUCAAUCUCAGGAUUCUUCGCAGGAUCAGCAACAAUCAUCGCAACAGAAUUGGGGAGAUCAACAACGAAGUAGGGGACGAGGUGGAAGACGAGGCAAUACAAAUGGAUACGGAGGGAGAAAUCGAGGUGGUAGCGGUGGCUAUCAACAAAAUGGACGCAGUAGUACCGGAAGUGGUCAAGGUUCAUAUUACCGAAACGAAAACAGUAGUUAUCAACAGAAUGGCUAUGGUCAACGUAAUUCAAACUGGAGCGAAGGAAGCGGCGGUUAUAACAGUGGAUUCAAGAGAGGAUCUGGUGGUACACGUGGAGGUCGAGGUGGACAAUUCCGUGGUAAUCAACGAGGCACUAGUAAUCGUGGUAGUUAUUCGAACCGUAGCAAGUAACAAUAUAAAAUUUAAACAUUUUUAAACAUUCAAUCCUACUUUUGAAAAGUCAAAGUCAUUAAGCUGUGUGUUUGUAAAAAAAAAAAGAAAACAAAAAAGCGGUUAAAAAAAGAAAGGAAUAAACAAUUUUUAAAACUAACACAAAACGAAAAACAAUGUUACGCCUAAUGAUUAAUAGAUGUAAAGUAAUUUUUAAUUAAUUGUGAUAUGACUAAAGGAGAGAUUCUCUGUGAAAAACAAAAAAAAAAAUGAUUAAAAAGUGUUAAACACGUCUAAAUCAUACUUUACACAAGUUAAUCAAAUUCGUUUUAAAUAUUGUCAAAUGUCAUUCGAAAAAUUGAUUUUUCAAUUGACAUUUUUAAAACGUACAUCUUAGAGGGCUUUGAAUGUUUCACGGUUAGGUUAUUGAAAAGGGAAUAUUAGCGUUUGAAUUUUUAAAAAUAAUGUUACUCUCAGUAUCAAAUGAAAAUAAAGGACGACGAACGACAACGUUUAAAAACAAAAAUGUACCAGAUCGGCUAAAUGCAGAAAUGUCAAUACAAGUAUUACUGUGUUGUGACAGAAGGCAGUUUUCACAGGGCAACAAUAGCUGAUCGACAAAGAUUAGAAGAAGAUGAAAAAAAAAAAAAUAAUUUUAUUAUAAAAAAAAAUACAAAAAAAAAAAGAUAAUGAACAUAUGAAUUUAAGCGCAUUUCAAACAAACACACAGAAAUGUAUUUAAUAAAUGUUAAGAUGAUCGUUGAGAGUUGGCGAUCAGCACUGGCCUCUCUUUCUAGAGAAUUUUUUCUAAAAAAAAAGAAAGAUAAA